UGUUUACGGUGCGAGCACAUCCGCGUUUCGGUUUUGGCUUUGGUUGAGUUGAAAAUUCACUUUUGUGGCACGUUAGUGAAAUUCAUUCAGUUUAGUUGAUGUUUUUUCGCCAAACGGAUGUCUAGUGUGUGCUCUGUGAUUAGCAGUGAUUUCUAUUGGCGGAAGUGAAGAUCUGAAAUUGGGUUUCUCUUUUAAUAACUGUGUCUUAGUCGAGCGUUCUCUGUGUAUCUCGAAAAAAGCGUUGUUUAUGGCAUAAUACACACAUAAACAUAUAUAGAAAAUUAAACAAAUAUACAAGCCACCGCAAACAGUUCUUCGGCUCAUAAAAUAAAGUGCAUUGAAUUAUAAUAAAUUUACAAAAGCAAAACCAACAAAUGCUGCUUACAUGUGUCUGUAUGUUUGCCAUACAUAUGUAUAUGCACGCGCAAGUGUAAUCCAUGCAGUCACGUAAGAAUACUUAGCCGCCUUUAAAAAUAUAAAUAAACACAGCGACGGAGCAACGGAGCGACGGCUGCGUGUCUAUUUGCCAUCGCUGUGAGAUAACAUAUCCGACAGAUACACACCGUAAGCGCCUAACGUUCUGUAAAAAGAUAAGAACUGCAUGCACACACUCGCCUAAGCGUGUGUGUGUGUGAGUGCGCGUGAGUGCAUUAAAGUAAAUAAAACGUGAUUUGCUGGUAAAUGCACUGGCAUUGUCUCACCAAAGCGCACAUAUGAGAGUGUGUGUGUGCAAACAUACAUAAAAAUAAUAACGAAAAAAGUGAUACUCCAACAAUAACAAGCCUUUGAGGUGUUUAUCUUGCAACGCAACGUUGCACAAUCGCAAUCACCUUACAAUCGCUUAACCAGCCACCCACAACACUCUGCACCGUUAAUCUGUGUUCUGUUUCAAGUGGAAAUAAAUAAUUACCGCUACAUUGACAAUCGACAAUCCGCAAGCCGCCAUUAUGCUCGCCAUUAAGGAGUGCCUCAUACGCGAAGGUGUCUUGAAUUUGACGUCAACGUCCAAUCUGGGCAAUGGUGCACUGGGCGAUGAAGAAAAUCGAGUUGGUGGAGUUGGCGCAGCAGUUGCAGGUGCUGCUGCAACCGCCAACAGCAACAACAUUUAUGGCAACAGAUUUAGUGACGCAGCCGCUGUCAGCAACAAUUUGCGCGCCAUUAGCGCGAAUUACACUUACAACAAUGAUAAUCGUUAUAAGCGCUAUAAUGAUAAAAUGACAGCAACAACAGCAGCAACAACAAAUACAACAACAUUGGCGCUCGAGCCACAGCUGGCCAAGUUGAGAGAUCAAAAAUCCGUCGACACUACACAUAGCCCUAAUACCAAUUACGAAAACAAAUCGUCAAAUUGUAGUCUAUCCUCCGCAUCGGUCACUGCCAAAUCGAGCUGCCAGCAAACGUCAUCAGUAUACGAUAAAAUAAAGCAUCAACAACAACAGCAACAACAAUUGCAACAGCAACAACAGCGUCAACAAACGUCAAAACAUCACUCGAAAGAACAACAACAACAACCGGGCACAAGAUCUUCGUCGUCCUCCUCAACACGCUAUCACGGUGUACAUCCACAUUUUCACCAUCACACCGCACCAGCCUACUAUACCGACGUCAAUCUACACAUACACACCCCGAAGGCUAACGAUGUUACGUCACUAAAUGAGAAUUAUCAGAGUGUCUACAAUACACCAACACAAUUGGUCAAAGAGCAUUAUUUUCCCAAAACUAGUACCGCUACAGUAGUGCCACCACCAAUUGGCACGGGUGCUGCAGUUAUUGGCCGCGCCAGCACUACAUCGCCCUCGUCGCUGGAGAAGCGUGAACGCGAACGCGAACGCAACAAAGUGCCGAUCGACAGUGCAAGUAGCAACAACAAAAGCGCCAACACAGCAGCUGCACGUGCGGCUUUUUUUCGUGGCGGCUCUGCGGGCAGCAGCGGCUACAACAACGGCGAAAGGCCAAGUCACGAAGCUUUAGCGAAAUCGUCGCCAGCAUUUGGGCGCCCUACCGAGACAGGUGAAUUGAACGACACCACAUACACACCAUACGUUGACAGUGGUAGUAGUUUUGUUGUUGUUGACAUAAAUAGCAGUAGUGAUUGUAGUAAAUAUAAUAAUAAUAAUAAUGUUAAGCCAUUAGACGACAACAGCGCGACAGACAUAACACAACACGAUAGCAUAAAUCAUAAUUACAACAACAGUAACAUAAAAUCCAUAACGUCCCCCACAUCACCGACAGGCACGAAUACAUCGACAACAACAACAUCGGCCGGACGCAGUCGCAACUCACAUCGUUUCGCUGGCAAGAGACGCGCGGUGCGCGUGCGUAGCGAAUCCCGACCGAUUAGCGCACUCUAUGAUAUAAUAUGCAAGGAGAAGGGUCUGGAUAUUGGUACCAGCACCACGAACGAAGAAGACUCGUCAGCGCCGUCAAACGACGACGACGCGCAUCAUAGCGCACGCAACAGCCAUAAUACUAAAGGCAAGAGCAAAGAACGCAGCCAUCCACGUAGCAGCAGCAGUAGAAAUAAUAGUCUAAAGAAUAGUAAAGAUUACGCAGAGAUCUCAAAUUGUCUAACCGCGUUCGUGGCCAACUCUUUGUCCAACUAUUUGGGUGGCACGGCAUACGAUCAAUCGAAUAUGGAUCACGCUGCCACCGCGUCCGGUGAUACAAACGCAACACACGAUCGCGCAAAGCGCUCACACAAAGCGCGUGCGUCGAGCGGCCACAAGCCAGGCUCCAAGAAACGCAAGGAUGUUGGCGGUAAAACAAAAGCGAGCACGCCGCGCAGUCCGCGUGAUGAAGAGCUGAACGGCGAGACAAGCGAAGAUUCGAAUGACGCGUUUGCGCACACCCCACUGUCGGCGCGCUCAAAGCAUCGCGCUGAUUGUAAUCGCCGCAUGAAUGGUACUGAAAAGGCGGCCUCCUUGCCGCCGCAGCUGCAUGUCACAGCGCAGCACGCCACGACCACCACCGGCACAGGCAUGCCACAAAAGGCGACGACUCAUACAAAUAAUGUCGAAUCAAAUACUCAUUUGAAUGUGCGCAAAAAGUGCUCCAUUCAUUGUCGCUGUCAGUUGGGUUGCGAAUGCCGCUCCGCGAAUUCCGCUCAUCGCACCACACAUUAUCCAUAUGAAUAUCAUCAAUCCUCAUUACCACCAAACCUGUCAUCCGGCACAUGUAGUAGCGUACGCUCGCCCAGCACCGCCGAUGACGAGAGUCUCGGUUACUCCCCCGAAAAGCUAUACAUUGAACCUGUAAAUAUGAAUUUAAGUGGUAUCUCAUCUAGCCCUGCUAACGCUAAACAUGCCAAUAGUAGUAGCAGUGGUGUAGUGCUUGAGCCGACAUCCAGCAUACACUCGGUGCGCAAUACCAAGGAGCGCGUUAGUCGCGCCCAGCAACGUCGCUUGCGCGAAGAGAUGCGCCGUCAUACGGAUCUGCCGCAAUUGGACUCACUCUCGCCAUCCUCGCUUAGUAAUAUUAGUCAAGUGGUGGGUGCGGCGGAAAAGGCACUGAGUGAAGAUGAAGGUGUUGCGGGCGUGAAGCAACAAGACAACCGCACGAGCAGAGCGAGAAGAUUUAUAAAUCGUCCCAGUCGUACACCGUCACGUGGUCGCAGCGCCAACAGCGCGCACAGUUCACCGCAUUCAGCACGCCGCAUCAAUACCCAACACGCCGACAACUCCACAUCCUCAUCCUCACCACCAGCCGAAUCAACGCAUAGUCGGCACCUAACGGCCGCUGCAGCUGGAGACGACUACAGUUUGAGCAAUCUAGCGCUGCCACCAGUCAGCCCGAACGCCAGCACCGUUACCAUUGAGGAUGUAGGCUCGACCUCAUCUAGCGAUCACAUUGCCCACAUACAAUUAUCCCCAUUACAAAUAAUGACCAACUCAGCGACACCAGCCACCGAGCUGCGUCCCCCGGCGAACGGCAGCGCCGCACUCGAUGUGGGCGAGGCUCAUCCCGCCGAUACGGAGGUGAAUGCGGAAGCCGGUACGGCCAAUUUCGGCGUUCAGGUGGCCAUUUCAGCAGCGGAAGCUUUGCGUCAACGCAAAUACGAGGUCCAUACACAUAAAUCUCCACAUAAAAAUCCUUCCAAAACCAACACACGAACCAUUACGACAACAAGCACCACGCCCACAAUUACAAGUGUCGGCGUCACGAAUAGGUCGUCGGCGACAAUAGUAAAUCAGCGCGACCAACAACAACAGCAACCACUACAAUACAACAAUGAAAGCAACUACAUUAGCACGAAUGCUAACCACAACAGCGCGAGCACCGCUUGUACACAUAACAGUAAUAGUUGCCACAACAGUUACGCCAUGCCCACUGAAACAUUUUUGCUUAAACAAAAAGCGGCAAUGCUUGGGGCAGGCAGCACCAACACCAACAACAGCAACACCGGCGCUACAGUGGUUGUGAAAAAGAAACCGUUAUCGCCACUACAAAUCAUUGCAUUGCCACACAAUGCAACCCUGGCCACACUAUCCCAUCCAAACGGCACUGCUGCAGAGGCAACAACGUUAACAGCAACAACAGCGCAUCAGCUGAGUCACCAACAUAACGCGCAACAACAUCACACAGAUGUUGGCGUCCAUCGACAACAACAACAACUACAAACGGCACAUAUGACACAAACGCUGCCGCGGCGUCCAAGUCCACUUUUAGGCGCACCACUCUCACCCUUCGCCGCAGCGCGCUCACCGUUGUCGCCAUGCGCGUCGCCACAUUAUGUGCGUCCGACGAAAGCGUCGCGCCUGCGGGCAGCCGCCUUGGAUAAGAAAAAAUGCGAAGACGAAACAAUUCAGCGUCCACGCUCGCCAUGCUAUGGUUCACCGCUGACAUCGCCACGUCCAGCCGCAUCACCAAAGCAUCAAUCGCCGCGCCUCUCGACAAGCUCAUCAUCGGACAAUCCACGUCCAACCACCGCCGAUUCGGAAAGUGAUACAAAAUUGGCGCAAAACUCAUCGCUUACCGUAAAGCAACGUCUCACAUCGACCUCCUCCAAUGAGUCACCAACCACCAACAAGAAGUUGAUACCCUCCGUUUCCGUAUCGGUUAAACAGAAUCUCAGCGAACUGCAAUUUAAUGGUGGUCCUAAGAAAACGAGCUCUUCAAAAUUGAAGAAACCACGCACGACCGCAACGCCCGCGCCAGCCACUGAGUGCACUGCCAAAUUCACACGCUCGGCGGGUCGCUUAUCCACAGCCGAAGAGUCAGAUACGCAUGUGCUAGCGAACAAGGCGACAAAACCGCUGCCGCGUCCACGCACGUCCGCCACCAUAAAAUCGAGCAAAUCGAAAUCGACAAAUGAUCUGAAACCGGCGAGCAGCGAUAGCUCGCCCGGCAAACCGGAGCUGAGCCCGGUUAAUGGUGUAACUCCUGCUAGUCCCUUGGAGGAUCGCGAUAAAUCAUCGAAACGCAAAUCGAAUUUGAAUCGUUCGCUCAACGAAGAGGCCACCGUCGAUAGUGUAAUCAAUCUGAAAUAUCUGCUGCUAACCGCAAAAAUAAGGAAAAAUAAGCUAUUUUUAAAUGACUCCUUAGCAGCGCGUCGCCGUCGUCGCCGUGAGCUCGGCAUGGUGCGUCAACUCGUGCCACCCGAUGAUCCAGUGCUACGUGAAAUGCUAUCACCACGUCAAAACAAAACCGACACGUCAGCCAAAAAUUUGGCGAGCCACAAACCGCCACACAACGAAUUGGCCUAUCACAUGGAGAUCGCGCGUCGCGGUUGGGAUCUAGUCAAUCCGAGCGUAAGCAAUCGUGCGCGCUCCGAAACGGCUAGUCCAAAAUAUGAACUACACGCGCGUGAAAGCUUGAUUCGAGAGCGACCGAGCAGCAAUCGCUUAGCACGCCGCAGCGAUACAUUGCAUUUGGGCGAAUUGCGUAAGUUGCGCUCGAACGAUGUCAAUCGGAAGGUAAAUGAGCGUACAAAAACCGAUUUGGCGGAGAUUAAGAAGAUCGCCGAACAGGCGAAUGUCGAAAUGGCCAUGAUGGCUUCGGGUAUCGCCGCGGAUCUAGCCGCACAGGCGGUACGUGGUGGUGAGGAUUACAUCAGUAAUGAUUUGGAUGGCAGAGAUAGCAAUGAGUGUAUUGUGGAGCUGGCAACGCCGGCACGUUACGGCAUCGGUAGUCGUCAACAGGCGUUAACGCCACCGCCAGCACCAUCGUACACGGAAUUAGAGGUGGCCGCCGAAGCGAAGGAGCGUGAUCCAUCACCAGCCAAACACGCCACAUUCGUGCAGGAAGAGCGCAUCUACUACGAACCGGAAGCUGACGAGCUGGUAGCUAAGUCCAUCUCGAAUACGACAAUGUCUGGUGGCAUAUUGCGUCAGCGUAUAUUGAAAGCGCGUAGCAUGGAACGUGAUGCUGGUCACGAACCGCCAAAACUUUCGCCCAUAUUACGGCGCAGAAGCACAGAUGAUCCCACGUAUAUACCGGUGCCGACUGGUGCCGCAGGCGUGUACUCGACAUCGCCAUCCACAUCGACACACAACCACAUCGUUUCGAUACUCAAGAAGAAGGAUCAUAUUGCGGGCGAGUCCAGUUCGGCUUCCAGUAACGCUUCGCCGGUGACAUUUUCCGCAAACGUGGUCGAUACACCGACUUCGAAACAGAAACGUGCCGGCAUACUUAAGAAACGCUCGAGUCUGGACGAGUCGCGCUAUUACUCGCGCUCACAUUCGCCCGACGAGCGCAGCAUACUUAUUAAAUCGGCGCGUCGCAAUUCACUAGAGGAGACUGCCGGCUUACAGCAGCAGCAACAACAUGGCAUACUCAAACAGAGCAGCUACGAGAGUAGCAAAAGUGAUGGUUGUCCCUCCGCCACUGAACCACAUCCGCAUGGUAUAUUGAAGAAGAAAGAUUCUACCUCGACACCUUCCGAUGGUGGCACACAUGCCCCGAAACAUGUCUCGAUCUCACAAGCUGUGAAAAUGGCCGCGGCCGAAUUGGGUCGCGAGACGGCCGACAAUCAAGCGAUAGCCGGCGGCGAACACGAUGAAAGCGGCUACACACCCAGCAAUGAAGAAUAUGAAAUCCGCCCAAUACUCAAAUUGGAAAGUAUUUCCAGCGAUGAUGCUAUGCGUCCACCUAAACCGAUAUUAAAGAAAAAGUCGUCUGGUGACUCGGAUGAAUACGAAAUACGUCCCAUAUUAAAGACAUCGCGUAAGAGCAGCCGCGAAGAGUUCGAUUUGGGCGGCGCAAUCAGCGAAGAUGGCCGUCAUUAUAGCGAACCGCCACCACCGAUUGUACGUCCAAUUUUAAAGACUGACUCACCAUCGAAACGACGUUCAUUGGGUGGUGAAGAGCUGGAACCCGACGUUUUCAGCGCUGAACAAGUCAGUGGCCAAUCACCAAGUUUACUGAAACGGCGUACACGCUCUUUGGAACGUCAGGAGGUGCCCGUGGUGGAUUUGGCGGCCGCAUUGAAUGCCAUUGCCACAUCACAAGCCGCACCUUUGGAGUUUGUGUCCACGCCGAUCACAACCGGUGGCAGCAUUUCGGUUGCGGAGCGUAUAAAAAAUAUGGAAAUGUUCCUAAGCAGUAACGGUACUUCACCGUCUACGCCGGUGGAUGCCAACACUAGUUGGGAAUCGCCUUUGCAGUCGGGCGUAACACCGAAAUUGUUCAAACCGAGCGCCAUACGUCGCGACAUGUACCGCGAUCGCUACAAGACGCAACCGAUAACGAAUGAUGAAAAAUUACACUUUAAAGCCACCGCAUCGCCGCUCGACACCUCCACCACAUCCGCCUUCAAACCGACCAAAUCGCUGGACGCAGGUCUCAAUUACAACACAUUCGCCCAUUUGAAUGCACCAACGGCCGCCUCUAGCGUCUCGCCGGGCAGCAGCUACACACUCACGCGUUGUGCCACCCAACCGCUGCAUAGUCAGCAUCACUUCAAGGCAGCGGAAACGUCUUCAUCUUCCGGUACGCCACCGCCACCACUACCAACGCUACGCGCCACAAUCGGACGUCACAAUUCGUUAAGUGAUAGUUACAGCAACGCUAAUAACAACAAUCACAACAACAGCAUAAGUGAACAAUUAAACCUAUCGGCGGGUAGUGACAGUGAGCGUAUCUUUGAAAUGUCUGGCAUUGAGGAGGCGCCCAUCGAAAGCGCUGGCAAAGUUGAGGGUGGCGCGGACGCCGCUGGUGCUGGUGCUGGGCUGACACGCAAGAAUAGUGUACGCGCUCGUGCUAAUAUGUUCCAACAGCUGCAACAGGAGAAGACUAGGAGCGCAGAGGCAACGUCGGCGUUAGCUGGCACGGCGCUCGGUCGUGAGGAGCGAACUUCACCGCGACGAGGAUCGUCCCAGCUUUCGCCCACGACCUCCAUGCUCCCAACAAUAGCUCCUAUAAUGAGCAGUAGCAUUUCCAGUACCAGCGGCUUACAUACGAACAGUCACGAGGAACCGAAAACACCGCAAAAUCCGAUCAGAACAGAUGAGGAAAUCGAACCCACAUCACUGCCAGUAUCCGAGCGUUUACGCUUCUUCACCAAUCUCACCGAAGCGGCCAGUCGCAGCGCGUCCAGCUCGUACACGCGCAGCCCAUCGCAGCGCUUCCUAACCGCGACCGAUCGUUGCGGCAGCGCCAACUCAUUCAGCCACAACAACUCGUUCACCUUUACGUCACGCAGCAGUUACAACGGUGACAGCACAAGCACCAGCAGCGCCAGCGCCAGCGUUACACCCACACCGAUGGAGUGCUGCUCGCCGCCACUCACCGAACAACAGCAGCUCAUCUCGAUCAAUGAAAUCGACUCACCAUUGCAAUUGGAUAGCGCGCGCCACUCACCAAGUCCACCGCCUUCGAUUGGUCUACCCAACGUCACACAGCAGGCGUCUUCGACCUACAUCCACUUGACCAAGUCCAGUUCGCAAACAUUGUUGCCUUCGGUGCUGGCGCAACGUUUGGCAAUGUCCGCGCCAGCACCAACCGCAACUGCAGCCGCGCUUACUACAUCGCCGUCCUCUUUGACGCCAGUGGCGCGCCGCAUUAAAAUGAAGACAAUCGGCAAACUGCUACUACCUAACACUUUUCUCAACAAUGAACGCAACAGCUUGCAAAAUUUCAGCAGCAACACAAGCGAGAACGGCGUGAGCGUCAACUCUGCGCAAAGCGACACUUGCGAGAGUGAAAGCGGCAGUUACAUUGAGGCGGACAACAAAGCGCCACCGGCGCCGCUGAAGAAAAUCGGCAAAAUCAAGUCGCCGUUUAUUGAAAACUGCCUGCAAAUGCAGCAGAAGCAUCAUCAGUUGAACUCCAAAUGCAUGAAGUACGAUCACAAGUCCACGCCACACAACGCGCUGGCCGCGCUCGAAAAUAAUGGCAGCAACGGCAACGGCGGUGGUGGUGGCGGCGAACGCGAUAUCAACUCCUUACCGCCGCGCAAGCCACUGCAAAAUGGCAAUGCCGGUUUGCCGCCGCCGCCACGCAUUGAAACUACUGAAGAUAGUAAAGCGGACUCCGGCAAGGAAAAUAAUUAUUGUGAUACAAAUGCCGCGCCGCUAUUAACGCUUUCACCAACCGCCUCAUCAAUCGCACUAUCCGAGCAAUUGUCGCAGUCGCCUGUCGUAGAGAUGCGCAAGAAGUUUACGCGCAUCAUGAGCAGCGCAACAUUAUCGACAGUGGCACAGCGUCACACCGCGCACGCGCUGAGCAAUGGAAAUGGCAAUAACAAUGGCAAUGCGCAAGCCAACGGCAAUAGCGCGAGCAGCGCGCCAACAACGCCGCGAAACUCAAUCAUCGACGACAAAUUCGCCAAAUACUUUGGACUUACAACCGGUGGCAAUCAACCAGCUGCCGCAACUGCAACCACUAACAAAGCGACUAAUGGCAAUCAGCGUACAGCGCGCGCACAGGAAUCACUCAACACAGCAACGGCGCGCUCAGUGGGCGCCAGCGAAACAAGUCUAAGCUCACGCAGCGCCACCAACUAUCCACCACUACCGCCGCCCGACUUCGCGGGCACUCCCAAUGGAGAUUUACAUGCUAGCGUUAAGAAGUUAACGGACGCUUUGUCAUUUGCAAAGGAAAUCAACACGUCCAGCGCAACGCCACACGAAGCGUUCAAUCACAAUGUGCGCAGUAACUCGAAUACGCCAUACUUUACGCCGCCUUCGGUGUGCGCCUACGAUAUAACGCUAACACAAACUUCAUCCGCUACUGGCACCGCGUCAGCAGGCGGCUCUGCGUCAACAGGUGUCUCUGCGUCAGCGGUGCAAAGGCGUCGCGAUAUGUCAAAGCGCCAACGCGCCAAUACAACCAAUAUCACUUUUACGCCCACUUCAAGCAACACACAAUUGUUCAGCGCGCAAGCGAACGCUGACACACCGAGUUCAGGACGCACGCGUGCCUUGCGCUCGCGCGCCUUAACGCUAACACAUGGUGUGCCGUUGCCAGAGGUCAAGCGCUUCGAGGAUAUUGUAGUGACGAAGGAAGAAUUCCAAUUGGCGUCCAAAGAGUUCGAGCGUAUAUUUUUGGGUGUCAUUUGAGUUAGCGCGCGUUAGCAAGCGUUGAAGUGUGUUUAAAACAUGCGCGCGGCACUGGCGCGGGACUUGUGUGUGCGCGCGCGCGCGCGCUCAUAAUGAAAAAGCAAGCGCAAACUAUGUAACAGGCUGUGCGAAGUACUGCUCGAAAUGUGAAAUGUGUUGCUUGCCAAAAGGACAUAUAAUUUAAAAUUUAUAAUAUAUAUUGUUAAAUUAUUAAUAAAUUCAAAAUUAAAUCAUUUUGCAAAAUUG